CCCCCUCGCAAGUGCCGCGCGCACAGUGAGAGUGGUUGGUUACAAAUCGAGCUUGAUUUAUAAAGAGGAAAGCGCGGAAGCUGUUAUUUCGCUUGGGGGACAAUGGCCGUGGAGAGGGGUCUGUCCGUAUUUGACCUCAUCUUUCCCUCCCAUGAAAGAACUCCAUCUCCCGUCCCCCCCUAACACGUUACACAACACUGCCGCAGAGCACAUAUACAGAUACAUACCUUAUACAACCAUGGCGCAAAACGUUCCCAAGUCCAUCAAGCAGUGGACCGUCAGCUCUAUGGACGGCAAGGACGGCUUCAAUGCCCUCAAGCUGUCUGAGGAGCCGCUCCCUGAGCUGGGCGACAGCCAGGUUCUGGUGAAGCUUCACGCUGCGUCGCUCAACUACCGCGACUUGAGCAUCCCCUUGGGCAAAUAUCCAUUCGCAACCGUGCCGAAUGUGGUCCCGGGCUCCGAUGGCGCCGGCACCGUCGUCUCCGUCGGCAAGCAGGUCACCCGUUUCAAGCCCGGCGACAAGGUCGUGACCCUGUUCAACCAGGCGCACCUCGGCGGGCCCCUCGACGCCGCCGCCGCCGCCUCCGGACUUGGAGGAGCCAUCCACGGCACGCUGCGGACCUUCGGCGCCUUCAGCGAGCAGGGCCUCGUGCAUAUGCCGUCCAACAUCUCCUUCGAGGAGGCGUCCACGCUUCCCUGCGCGGCCCUCACGGCAUGGAACGCCCUCUACGGGCACUCCGACAACCGAGUCACGGCUGGGCAGUGGGUGCUCACGCAGGGCACCGGCGGCGUGUCCAUCUUUGCUCUGCAGUUCGCCAAGGCAGCCGGGGCGCGCGUCAUCGCCACGACGGGCUCCGACAACAAGGUCGAGACGCUGCGCAAGCUUGGGGCGGACCACAUCAUCAACUACAAGACGAACCCCGAGUGGGGUGCCGAGGCCAAGAAGAUCACGGGCGGUCACGGCGUCGACCACGUCGUCGAGGUUGCUGGCCCCAAGUCCAUGGCCCAGAGCCUCAACGCCAUCAAGAUCGCGGGCGUCAUUACCAUCAUCGGCUUCGUCGGUGGCUUCACCAAGGACCAGCCCAGCUUCAGCGACUGCCUAAGGCACCUGUGCACGGUGCGCGGCAUCCUCGUCGGUGCGAGGACCCAGAUGGAGGACAUGUGCCGCGCCAUCGAGGGGAACCCGGACAAGUUGCGCCCCGUGGUGGACAAGAAGACGUUUAAGCUGGAGAACCUGAAAGAGGCCUAUGAGUACCAGUGGAGUGGGCAGCACUUUGGCAAGGUGGUUGUCGAGAUUGCAUAGAGCAGGCAGACUAAAAAGGCCGACGCCGUGCCGCCAUCGCGGGAUUGGCAGUUUAUCCAACGUUACAUGCAAGUAUCUCAUUCGUCCUCCUCUUUGUGCAUCGUGGUUCCUGCGUGUCAACACCCCGGUGGCAUACCUGCGAUUUUGGUUCGCCAGGCUGUA